GUUGCUUGUUAAACUUGUCUCUAGUAACACAUGGGGCUACUAAAUGCUUGUUAAACUUGUCCCUAGUAACACCUGGGAUAAUAGCUGGGACACCUGCCCCUAGUUACACCUGGGAUAACUCCUGUUUACAUUAAUCCCUAGUAAAACCUGUGAUAAUUGCUUGUACACCUAUUCCAAGUAAAACCUGGGAUAAUUGCUUGUAGCAUAUACCCCUACCAACACCUGGGAUAAUUGCUUGCAGCAUAUACCCCUGCCAACGCCUGGAUGAAUUGCUUGUACAGCUAUUCCUUGCAACACCUGGGACAAUAGCUGUUUACACCUAUCUCUAGUAACACCCUGGAUAAUAUCUAUUGUUUGCAUUUCAAGAACCAUGAUAGUCUUUGAGUUGCUCAACUUGACACUUGACCUUGCUUCCAUGAAAGACUUACAGAGUCUAUACUAUCAAUCACAAUUAUCUGUAUGCUCAAAAUGAUUCACCUUACCCCUGUCACAGCGAAUCCCUGUUUGCUAUGAACUGCUAGUCACCAGUCGCCUAUUACCUCAAGUGAAGUCGCAACACAUGUUUAAACAGCUUAAAUCACUGACCUAUCACAGCAUGCCAUGAUGCUACUUUGAACAGUUAAAGUCAUUUCCCUCCCUGUAUGGCAAGAUUUCCCUCCCUGUAUGGCAACUUGACACAAAAAAAAUAAAUAUUACAGGAUUUUCUUCAAGGCAAAUAAAAAUGGACUAUCACAUCCUAAUCAUUGUGUGUCAUGGAUAUUUACCAAAGCAUAAAAUCUCAAUCAAUCAUACAGAUUCAUAGUAGUUAUUUAAUGUGCCAUCUUAGCAUGAUUAGCAAGUGGAUACUUUGAGUUACAAAAAAAAAAAUCAUUUCUAUUUAUAAAUCACUGUCGAUGGAUAGAAUCUAAAUGUCUGAAAAUAUAAUUGUGAAUUCUUUAAACAUGAAAAUGUUUGCAAAAUGAUGGUAGAUGUCAGACCACAUUUGUUUUAAUAUCUCUUAUAUAAUAAUAAAGUCUCUUUUCCAAUAGUGAAAGUAAAAAAAUCUAUUCAAACCAGCAUCCCCUCGGAUGUUAUGGGAUCAAACAUGGGUUGUUGGGUGGUGCAGUGGGUAGCUCGCUCGCCUCUCAGAAGAUGGCCAGAGUUUGAUUCCUCUAUCAGACAUUGGGUCACCUGCCAUAUAAGCAAGUGGUUUUGCCCAGGGCGCUUCAGUUUCCUCCGACAUUAAGACCCUGUGGCGCUAACGUCUGGAGUGAUUGAUAUAAGUUGACAUGAUAUGUUUCAUAAUUGUUGUAAAAUAAACAAAGUUUAUAGUUUAACAAACAUGCACACCAUUCAGACACUGAUAAUGUAGCUUGUUUAUCAGAGAAGUCUUCUGUCGUACUGUAUGGGUGUUACCCAAUACUUCUGUGAUUAGCAUACUGCAAUAGAUAGUGAUGUGGUAUUUCAGAAUUUUGCAAUGAUAAAUGUUUAAUGUGUCAAUGUCGUUGUAAAUCUUUUUGUAGCUACAAAAUACACCCUAUCAGAACUUUUGCCAGGACAGAAGGAUCCCACAACACCUUUAGCUACUCCAUUUCCCCAUCAGGAGACGUGGGUCCAGAUCAACCACAAUGGAUACAGGAUCUAACCCGCUUGUUUGGAACUGCAGGCAAAGACAUACUGUACCGCUGGGCCACUACACAGAAUCUCCCUGUAUUACAACAGCUGGAGCAGGGAAUUCGCUACCUCGACUGCCGUGUAUGCUGGUUUUCAAAAACACAAGAUUUCCAUUUCCUGCAUGGACUGGUUGGAGCUAAAGUAUCAACUUGUUUAGAUGAAGUCAAUGCCUUCUUAGAUAAGCACCCAAAAGAAGUGAUUAUUUUGAAUUUUUCUCAUUUCUAUUCUAUGUCCAAUACAGACCAUGUUAAUCUUCUGACUAUGUUGACAGACAAAUUUGGUAGCAAGAUGUGCCCAUAUAUAGAUAUGGAAAGCGUUACGAUUGAGAUGAUGUGGGAACACAACCUUCAAGUCUUGAUUAUCUAUCAAAAUGACAUCGUGAAGGAGCACCUGACCUUCUGGCCUCAAACAGCAAUCCGAGCACCCUGGGCAAACACAGCGAACAUUCCAGAUAUGAUGUCUUUCUUGGAUGCUAAGUACAAGACGGGGAGAACAGACAAUGUCUUUUACAAUUGGCAAGGGGUCCUAACUCCAGGGAUGGCUACUAUUGUCUCCAACUUUGGUAGUAGCCUAAAAGACACACUCUCAAUAAAAUUAGCGCCAUUUUUUGUCAGCUGGCUUAAAGAUAAGAAGACUGGUAGCCAUGGAAUCAGCAUCUGUGUCGUGGACUUCAUAGAGCAUGCUAAUUAUGUGUCUACUUUAAUAGAUCUGAAUCAUAGUGCUUGUUAAAUUACAUGCACAGUUUUUCAAUGUGCUUACAAUAGGAACAAUGAUAUAACAGGCAUUGCUUUUCCAUGAUCAUUUUUGAACUUGGUGAAACACAUAACAUCUGAAAAGUCAUAUCUCAAGUUCUGUGCUUAAACUUUUUACAGGUUUGCACACUAUUUAAAGAUCGAAGGGGCAGUCUCCAGAAAAUGAGUGUUUUGUUUGCCAAUUCUUUUUUAAGUAUACAUUCAUUUUUGUCCAAUAUUAUGAAAAAAACAAAAAUUAUGUUGUUAUAAAUGUCAGUGAAAGAACAUCUUGAAAAUAUCUCCGCUACUCCAUCCAAUUCAGAUGAAAGAUGAGGCAUUUGCCAUGGUUCGCAUAGACAAAGUCGGACCAUUGUGUGAGACAGAGAAUGGCAUCAAAUGUAUACCUCUCCGUACAGAUGACUUUUUAAAAAUGGCGACAGGUUAAAGUAAUCCAAAACAAUUUUUCCUGAUAGACCGAGGUAGGAAAUUUUGCAACAUUGUUAAUGAUGAACUUUGCCAGCAUUUGGACAUUUAGCACAAAAUUAUAGCAACCUGUCAUCCUUAAACCAACAGUUUUACAGACAUAUUCAACAAGACACUGUGUGGUGCCUUAGGGGAAUAUGUGACUGAAGAUCAAGGUAAUAUUGGAACAAAUACAUACAGAUGGUUGUAUUUGCUACCAGGAUUUGCGUUCAGCCAUCAACAAAAGAGAUUCGUUUCUAUUUACAAAUUUGACCGGUGCACUGACAGCCAGCUUUUAAUUUUAUACCUCUAAACAACAAGACACUGUGUGGUGCCUUAGGGAAAUAUGUGACUUUACACUUAUGAUCAAAUUUAACACUUUAGAGAGGGGUCAAGCUAUCAUAAAGUUACCAUAAAUUUUUCACUUAAGAUUCUUUUAGAAUUUUUGUGAAAUGGAACAAA